GCGCUUGCUAAUAGCCAAGCCCCAUAGCUGGGUAGCCCAGCCCCAUGUCCCGAGCAUAUCAGCCCAUCUUACCUGCUGCCAGCAGGUACCUGCAGGAGAAAUGGGAUAAGGCAGCCUAUCGCCAACACAGGAACAAGGUGGAUUCAGCUUCCCCAGCCGUGGACACCCAGGGACUGCAGCCCCCCAGCCACCUGCAACUCAACCUGAAAAGGAGGCAGCUAGACAGAGAGCGCCAGGCCGUUAGAGAAAGAGACGACCGCAUUCACUCGGCCAGGCUGGUCGCCAUUGCGCAGUCCAGGGGGCGACUGGACAACUGGAACAGCUACAGUGUACGCAGGUCUGUGCCGCUGGCGGGGCAUGGGGCCGGCAUUAAGAGCUGGGAAUGGCUGGGGGGGCAGGAUCCGAGGGACAAAGGGACCCCUGAGUGGAGAGGAGCCAGCCAGUUCCCCCACCCAGUAACAUCAUCUCAGCCCCUCCCCUGGGUCUGUUUGGACAAGGAAGCGGCCCAUGAGCCAGGACUGGCAGCAGGUGCCAACUAGCCCCAUAGUGGGCCACGCCCCCUCGCCCUGUAACUUGCUCAAAUGUGUCUGGAUAUUUCAGUCCCUGCAACAGGGGUCCCGAGUCAGCCAGGAAAUCUGGGGCAGAGCAGGGGACAGCCCGUGAGAGCAGCUCAGAGCCUGAGGACAUGCUCCAAAGGGCCUGGGGUAGCCCCGUGGGCUGGGACACUUAAAACUAGAUCGGCUGGAGCUACGGCUGAAGUGCUGGAGGGUGCAAGUCCCGCCCGCUCCGAGCCUCUCUGGGGCCUAGGCUGUGUGAGCCCAACAGACAGGUCUGUCCAGUUGUCUCCUCAGCAGCAGCGCGUGGGGAGAGAUGGACCCGAGCCAGUACCCCAAGCUGGGACCCCCAUGUGGUUCCGGGAUUUGUCAUCCACAGCCAGGCUCUGGUGUGACUCAGACUCAUUGCUGCUCUGGAGGGGGGCAGAAAGGAGCAAGCUGGGCAGAACAUUCAGGCAUCCCUGCAGCGAGCGCUGAAUGCAGAGGGAUCCCAUCACUCUGCCCCAUAUGCCCCAUCCACCCUCUCCCCAGCUUCCCCCUGCCAUUCCCUACAGGAGACCCUUCAACAUCUUAGUGCUGCUCAGGCCAGCCACAGUAGUGCCUGUCCUGCUGUCUGCCCAGACUCCACUGCAUUUCUAACAUCCACCAGAUACAAAACCACAAUUGGCCCUAGAAUUGGCCAUGAAAGGUCCAAACCACCCCUUGCUUCUCUCUCCCCCAUCCUCCUCCUCUGUCCCUGUCCCAGGCUUCUUCCCUGGCUGCUUGGGAAGGGUUGUGUGAAGAAGUGGAAACUUCUGGGAUUGGUCUGAUUCCCUGCAGCAGGGAGUUCCACCACUUGAGCCACCCACUGGCCACACUCCACCCCCUGGCUCCCAGCUGUCUGAUGGGCCAUGGCUGGAGAGUGGGGUGCAGUGCCUGGCCCCAUCCCACAGGGCUCCCAGGUGCUGAGCAGGAUGAUGGAGGAUGGGCGGGGCUGGGGAAGUCUGUGUGGGAUGGACAGAGCUCCAUUUGCCCCAGCUGGGCUUGCUGGAGCUGAGGGAGGGCCUGGAGAAACUGGGGGUGGGAGAUGGGGCCUAUAGGCCCCAGCUGGCAUCUGGUGGAUUGAUUGGGCUGGCCCCCCUGCUUGUCUCUGCCCAGCAAAAGGCAAGGGCAGGGGGACCCCACAUCAGGGAGAAUGCUGGACCUGAGGCUAUUGAGUAAGAGCUGCUGCUGGCCCAGUAGCAUCGGGGAGGGACCUAGAGGUGGGGG